AACACAAACACCUUCCUCUUUGUCAUACAUCAGGAAGUGAUGCGUUUACGCAACGAAUUCUUUCUGAAGCUGGAUUUCCCCGCAGCAGUCAGUGAUACGAAGGAUUAGCAAAGUUUUGCUUAAUAAUGUGAUCCAUUUCAACAUCUGAUCCGUCUGCGGUGCUGUACUGAAUGUGUAAACCAGAGAGCAGCUGGUCAAGCAGUCACUAUUGAGUAUCAUCUGGUAUCCUUCAUCAUGUCAGAUUUGAAUGACAACUCUUUGAACAUAAAUUUAUUGAAAGAAUCUGUGUUAAAGAGGCUCAGCGAGUCUCUUGACAAGGCCAACAGUAAGGGAUGGCGAAAACUGGGGGAGAUCGUGAAAAGUGACAAGCGAUUCAAAGUGAGUCUGGAUGAUAUGGACAUGUGCUCACUGAAGGUUUUGGAGAUAGAUGGCAGUCCUUCCCGCACCCUGCUCAAACUCAUAGGAGAUAAAGGCUGUAUGUUGGGUGAUCUGGUAGAAUUUCUACAGAUCAUGGAUCAAACAGAUGCCCUGCAGUGUCUCAAACCUUCAGGAAUUCAAAUCCUUGUCCAGCCGCUGUCAGUGUCUGUCAUUGCUGGACACAACCUUCGUCUAAGCUGUUGUGCUGUUAGUGCUUCACAUGUGCAAUAUCAGUGGUUUAAGAAAACAGUGGAGGUACCUAACAGCUUCUCUGCAGACCUGGUGUUCAGUCCAGUCCAGGUCAGAGAUUCAGGCUUUUACAUCUGUAGAGUGAACAGUGGAAACACAUAUGAGUUCAGUCAUUGGGCCCAAGUAGACGUCCUUGAUGUUCCACCAAGAUAUGGGUUAGUAUCUCUGGUAUCAGAGGGCAGGCCAAAAGUGGUGAUCCAACCUCAACCGCAAAGGCUGCUGGUGGGUGAUUCACUCAAUCUGGAGUGUGGAGCUAUUGGCAGACCCCUACCACAAUAUCAAUGGUAUAGAAAUGGAGUGCCAAUCAAAAAAGCCAUCAAGAGGAAGUACACUGUUGAUCUUUUGUUGCCAGAGCACAGGGGAAGAUAUCGCUGUGAGAUCUUCUGCAACAAUGAGAGAACAUGGAGCAAUGAAGUAGAUGUCAUUAUUGAAAAUCCUUGCCAUCCUGAAAUGAAAGAGAAAAGGAUAUCGCCUGAAAUUUCAGGGGCGAUGGAAUGCUCUGAAGAUGACUUUUUGACCAAUGAACAGGAUUACAGUUUUGAGAAACCUUAUGCUACAGACAAAGUGGCUCUUCUGAUUGGUAACCUCACAUAUCGAAACCACCCACAGCUGAAAGCGCCCAUGGUUGACGUGUACGACCUCACCAAUCUGUUGCGGCAACUGAACUUUAAAGUGGUGUCUUUGCUAGAUCUGACAGAGUCAGAGAUGCGCAACGCUGUGGAGGAGUUCUUGUCUCUGCUUCAUAAGGGAGUGUAUGGUUUGUUGUAUUAUGCUGGCCAUGGUUAUGAGAAUUUUGGGAACAGUUUCAUGGUGCCAGUGGAUGCCCCAAAUCCAUACCGUUCAGGCAACUGUCUCUGUGUGCAGAGCAUUCUGAAAUUGAUGCAAGAGAAGGAAACUGGACUUAAUGUCUUCCUACUGGAUAUGUGCAGAAAAAGAAAUUUACAUGAUGAAGCCAUGCCGAAUGUCAUGCUCAAAGUCACAGCCAAUAUUGUUUUUGGAUAUGCAACUUGCCAAGAUGCUGAAGCUUUUGAAUUGAGUUCAAGUGGAUUCACCAAUGGAGUCUUCAUCAAAUUCCUGAAGAAGCGCCUCCUAGAGGAUGAAAAGAUAACUGUUCUACUAGACAGCGUGGCUGAAGAUAUGGGUCAGUUUGACCCCACAAAAGGUAAACAGGCUCUGGAGAUCCGCAGCAGUUUGUCAGAGAGGCGUUCCCUCACCGAUCCCAUCCGCCCUGGAGACUACUCCGAUCCAACCCAGGCACAUAACCUGCUCUGGUCUAAAGCACAUGAACUGCCAGAGAACAGAAUUUUGGACUUUGAGUGUGGAGUUCAGAUAAAAAUGGACUUUGCUGCGGAGUUCUCCAAUGUGCUGGUCAUCUACACCAGCAUUGUGAAAAAGCCAGAGGAGAUGAUGUCAUGUCAAGCACACAUCACUAACCUCCCUCUGGACCUGGAUGUAGAUCCUAAGCUGAUGAAUAAGGAGACUCUUGAGGAGACAGGUAGCUUCUUACUCUCAGGCAGUGUCCCUCAGCACUGCCUCUAUACCAGGCUUAGCUCAAUACAGAAACUAAAGGAGGAACUAGCAUUCACUGUCUGCCUUCAAGUCCUGUUUAACACUCUAGAGGACCUGGUCCAAUGGAACAUGGACGUUAACAUUGGAAAGCCUCUCACUGCCAAACUGGAUCUUAACCGGCCCACCCUGAAGCUUAACUGCCCACUGACCUGUCACAUGCCCCAUAGCCCCUCGACCAGCCCCAGCCACAGUCCCGCAUCUGACUGCCGCUUCCACAGCCAGGAGCCAAACUUUCCCCAGCAGUAUGCCAACCCCUACCUCAAUGUCUGUGAGCCACUCCAUGGAGCUGUUGGGGGAUAUAGGGGCUUUCAAAUGCAUGCUGGUCACACAUAUCAAUAUGAAAGCAUGCCAUACUCAACAUUCUUGACCCCACCAAGUAUUCCCAUUGAGACCACCGAUGACAUUGAUGACAUGCAGAAUGAGUUCAUGAAUAGCUUGCAACUCUAUAACCAUCCUUGAGGGUUUCUGUUUGUCGAUUUAGAUGUUUAGGAAGAGCUCCUAUUUCGACUUUGGCCAAGUUAGUCUUUCUGAGGUUAAUCUAUGAUAGUGCUUAAUGGAAUAGUUCAAAUAUGGUGGUAAUAACAUCAAACUUCAUGAGUUUUUGCGUGCCUUGAGGUUUGAUAUUAUUUAUGUUUCACCAUAUUUGCUUUAAUCUGGGAACAUGUAAGGCACCAAGCGGGGCACCUUACCUAUAUCAUCCUAUAUAGAAUGAUUAAGGAUAGUGGGGUAAGUGAGUUUAUCAGACUGUACCAGAUGUAGCCACAUACCUAGUCAUCACUACCAGCAGUUUUCAGUCCUUGACUUCAUGUGACACAUGAUAAUUUUGCAUAAAGAAAAUACUGUAACAUACUGUCAUUGUAAGUAUGUUAGUUAAAUGUUAUAUUAUAAUUUAUGUUAAAGAUACUGUAUCAUUAUCACCUCAUUACAUAAAAUAUAUUUUCUCGUAUAUAUUUUAAACAGACAUUUAGACAAAAACAACCUUUAUUUUUAAAUAAAAAGUGCAUCAAACAUAUGUGAUAUUUACCAUUUAGAAUGUGUAUAUUUAUUACAACUCAGACCUCAUUAUUUAAAGGUGAAGUGUGUAAUUUCUGUGCCACUAUACUAGAGUCUCCAAAUGAAAUUGAUAUAUACAAUAUUGAUUUGCAAUUUUCAGAAUAGCAAAUGAACUUUCUACUCUUACUAUUUCUGCAGGAUACAGAUACAGCAACAAUAGUAAGAGUAUAGGAUUGUAUGCUCUUCUGAAUGCAGACAUUUAAACAGGUGUCCCGAACACAAUUGUAUAGUUGAUUCUGCAUAUUUAGCUGGGAAAGAUGAAAGUAUUUUAACAUAAAAAGAUAAAUUUUCUUUACAGUAAACCAUCCGAUCACAAUUUGAUAAAUAAAAAAAAAGGAAAAUAAUGAAUGGAAUAAAAAUAAAUAACAAUAAUUGAUUUUAUAUAUAUAUAUAUAACACACAGAGGAACCAAAUGAAAAAAAAAAACUCACAAAUUGAACAAAUUCAAAACAAAGUGGCAAAGCAAAUGUGUGUCAUCAGAAUUUUAGAGAUAACAUUGUCCUAUGACACACUUUUAAUGUCCUCCUCCCACACAUUACAUAAUAGUGCACUUCUCUUCAGCCUUGGAUUUCAUCUCCACUAUUGUGGCCUGAGCUGUUUCUUUCAGCUGCCUCAUGUCCAUAUUUUGAAUAUGCUGCAUCUGAUCAUGAAUUACAGAGCCCUUUUCCUCCUCCUGUGGGACUUCUCCAUCCACCAUCUUGAUCAGUUCCUCUGGAACAUCAACCUCAUCUCCAGCCUGCUGGAGCAUGAUCUAAUCCUCUUCACUCUUGUCAAUCAACCAAAUAUUGUUUUUAAAAUCCAUUAGGAGUUCUUUGCUCAGAUACAGUGGACCCAAAAUGUGGACACUUAAUCAACACUUACAAAUACAUUAAUUUAGACAAGAUAUCAAACCAAGUGGCAUUUAUUUUGAAGAAAGUUCAUAAAUUUGUUUCAAAGUAAUUGCAAAAUGGCUAAGAAAAUGGAUGCCACUUGCAAAUGCCACUUUGUUUGAUUUUUUUUGUAUCUAAUGCAAUAAUUUGUUCAGAACUACAGCAAUGGUUUGAGGGGAAACCUCAAGCAUGAUUUGAACAAACUGACCUUUAUAAAUACGUUUGGCAUUAGGUGAUCUUGGUCUAUUGAGCUAUAAUUCCAUUGUCUUUCAAAAUAACAACAGCAUGCUCUUUUAAAACCUAUUUGUUUUUCAGAAUCAAGGCUCAUUUAAGGCAAAAAAAACUAAUAUUCUAAUAUUAUAUUAUAUAAAUAUUAUAAUGAUAUAGUAAAAAAGAUCCCUUUAUUUUUAUAUUUAAAAGUGCAUACAUUAAAUAUCAUGAAUAUUGAUUAGCGUGUUGUAGAGUAUGAGGAAAAUCAUGGACUCAUGGAUUGUGAAUACAAUGAACACACUGUUAAACCUUAUCUAAAUCACUGAAAUAGCGCCGGCGAGUCUGGGGAGUAUAAUGCGCUAUUGACAGAGAAUCCUCGUGCCUUCCAAAACCCCCCUACCCAUGUGACUCGCCCCACACUCUCGUGCCUUAUCAUGUGGAAAAGGAAGGGGAGACUUUGAACGUAAAAAUGUUUGUGUCUUUCAUUUAAAACCCAGAAGGGCUUAUUUUGAAGGAAAUAUGUUUAUUUCAGUAUACUUGUGUAUUUCUGUUAUAUCAAACUAGUUAAGAUUGUUUAGUUGUGUAGUGAAACUCUGAGGCCUUAUAUAAAGUGUCUUAAAAUGUAUAUCCACUUUUAAGUGUACCAAAUACACGUUUCUUGGUAUCAAAUUAAACCUUACGACUUGUCCUAGCUGAAUAUAAAUGUAAGGGUACAUUAAAAGGUAGUCUGCUAUGUUUUACUGUCUUUUGAGUGAUCCAACCCAAAGCCUUUAAAGUCGUAAAUUAUGCAAAUGAAGAGCCUUGACCGGACAAAGCAACCAUCUCGCGCCCAAAACAAAGGAGCCUCAUUGGGUCAUUUCUCCCAAAGGAGGUGUGACCUCCCUGCCUUAAAAGUUAGGCUCCGGCAUUGAAUCUCUUCUCUUCUGCUGAACAUUUCAACUCCUCUUGCCUCUCUUGCAUCCCUUACAUCUCUCCUCUUCUGCACUCUUCCCCCGUUCUUCUGGACCCCCUCGGAACAACUCCCUUACAUCUCUCUUUUCUGCACCCGCUCUUCUGGACCUCUUCGGAACAACCCUUCAACUCUCUCUCUCUCCUCCCUUGGACUCCCCAGAACAUCUCAACUCUCCGGAACCCUGCAACUCUCCAACAGUUAACUUUAAGACGCUUCGAACUUUCCGCGAACAAUCCACGCUCUGGAAACACCGAUGGAAAGCCCAUCUCAAGGACGCCACGAGGACACGACAUACACGCAGUCUUGCUCAGCUGACACAAAGGUCCAUUGUGCAAGUAUUAUUUCAUUGAAAUUCAAAUGCGUUACAGUGUGUAACUUCCGUGCUGGCUCUGAAAGGUUAACUGUGGAAAUAAGUUUGCCAUACCUCUAAUUCUUUAUUUUCCCUUACUGUGUGUACUUUGUUUAUUUUAUGUUUAUUCUAUGUUAAAUGUUUGUUUGUUAAGUGUAGUGAUAUAUCCUAGUUCCUUGUAUUAAA